AUGGAGGCACCGCCUCCGCCGCCACCUCACGGUGCCGGUGCGAGCGGCGGCAAGAGUGGUGGCCUGCCAGAUGGCAAAUACGAUAUCUUCGUCAUCCCUCCAACAUCGUCAGGUUCUGGCUUCCUCUAUCUUCCAUCAUUACAAACCCAGCGGAAUAGCUUCCUGGCGGGAUGUGCUUGCACAACGUUUGCAUUCGCAGUGUGGAACAUCAUGGUGCCAGCGGUCAAGAACUGGCUAUUUGACACCAUGAAUGGCGGUGGAUCAGGCGUCGUUGUGCUCAUACUGCUGGUUGGAAUAGUGGCAUGGGCAGUGGGGAAGACACAAGCCGAGUCUGAACACGACAAAGGCGGCCCAGGCUCAAGCAGUGCUGGCUCAAAACAGAACUUCAACACCAAUGGCGUACCACCACAACCCAACACAAGUCCACCUCCACCCAAGUCAUCAUGGCAGAGACCGCAGUCAACACCCAACUCAGGCCAGAAAUCGGCAUGGGAGAAGGCACGAGAGGAGACACGAAAGCGCGAAGAGGAGAAGAAGAAAGCCGAGGAAGCCAAACGGAAAGUUGAAGAACUGGAGAAACGAAGAGCAGAGCUCGAAAAGGAACGACAGAAACAGCGAGAGAAAGACCUGAAAGAACGACUCGAACGAGAGCGCAAGGAGCGAGAAGAAAAGACAAAAGCAGAGAAACCAUCGCCCACCAAGCGACAACCCACUGCCCGCACCGAAGACGAAGACGAUGCAUACUCCUUCCGACCGUACGACCGACCCAAACACAAAGCCAACUCAGGCGCUUCAGUGUACUCUGAGUCGUCAUAUGCCCCGUCGCAGUCGACCGCACGCACGACACCACCUCCUGAGUUCACAGGCCCGUACUCAACGAAGGACCCGGACAAGAUCACGAUCAAGGGCGUCUUCUCCUUCAAUAACGCUUUCAUGCGCACACCGAUAGCACAGCUCGUGUCUGGUAGGAAGCCAGUCAGCGACGGCCUGAUCCUGCGCAUGACUAGCGAGGGCCUCUUCAUCGACGACGACCGUCGAAAUGAGCCGCAGCGGGAGUGGGACGUGAAAGUGUGGACGAUGAAGCUGGUCGAGAGCUGCGAGAUCGCCGGCGUCCAGAUCGUCCGUGCCACUAUCCGUGACCAAGAAGGCAAGAAGUACGUCUUCAUCGUUCCGCACAGCGAGGGGUGGAAGGUAGCGAUCGGGCUGCAAAGGCUGAGGAGGAGCGCGCUGGUCAAGUCGUUGGGUGUCGCAGGGUUGCCGCAGAACGAGGCGAAGGCGCUGCUGGAGGGACUGGGUUUCAUAUGA